CACUUAGAAUGCUCCGGCCGCGAACGUUCAUAGCUGUCAUUUGACUUUUGUAGAGGUUGGAAAAAUAUAAAAAAGAUAAAUUUCAUGGUUCGGAGGUAAUAUGUCAGUUCAGUAUAACAGAUUUCUAAAGUUGCUAGAAAGGUGGCCAGUUGAUAAAACAAAAGCCGGAAGAGAUCUUGGAGCACACUUGCGAGAACAUUUAUUGAAAACAACACUUGGCUCAUCAACUAUAAAUACCAUUGACAGCGAAGAUCUCGAUAAGCAGUUCGAAGCGCUUGAAAGACUGUCCCGUAGCGUAUACGCCGAAAAAUAUCAGCGACAGCACAGUUCAACGGCAUCUGGAUUGACCCCUCCUCAGUGUAGUCAGAUUCUGUCCAACGACUUUUUGAAGAGUUGGGAGAAGGAAAACUCUAAAUAAUGGCUCGACGCCUUCUACCGUCCAUGCAGCGUCAAUUAUUUCCAUUGUUAUGCCGAUUAAAACACAAUCACAACAUUACCGCCAAUCCAAUCAAUGAAUUACAUAUUCCCGUUAUGGCUACCGAAGUCAUCGACUACCUAAAACCGGAACCUGGUAAAAUAUUCAUCGACAUGACCUUCGGUGCUGGCGGUCACACAAAACGUAUCUUAGAUCAUUCACCGAACACAACUGUCAUUACUUUGGAUCGAGAUCAGGAAUCUUACGAAUUGGCUAUGGAUAUGAAAGACGAUUAUCCGAAUCGACUAAUACCGAUGCUGGGAAAGUUUUCCGAACUUCCCGACUUAUUGAAAGCACACGGCUAUGGUUUCGCAUCGAUCGACGGAAUUCUAUUCGAUUUUGGAUGUUCGUCAAUGCAAUUCGAUCAGGCUGACCGAGGUUUCGCUCUCAGUAAAAAUGGUCCGUUAGAUAUGCGGAUGGAUAAAGACCGAAUACCUGGACAACCAACAGCCGCUGAUGUUCUAGCGAAGAUCGACGAAGAGGAUUUGGCUAGAAUAUUAAAGAUUUACGGUGAAGAAAAGUGCGCCAAGAAAAUUGCACGGGCUAUUGUCGAUACGCGCUACUCUCUGCGAAAAAUUGAGACAACGAAAGAGCUUGCCGAUUUGGUGAAUUCCUGUUUCAACGACAACCUUCGUUUAGAUAAACUUCAGAGACAUGCACACAACGCCACAAAAACAUUUCUAGCUCUGCGAAUAUUCGUCAAUGACGAACUCAACGAAAUCAACUACGGAAUGCUACUUGCUGAACGGUUUCUGAAACAAAACGGGCGCCUAGUUGCCAUCACAUUUCAUUCACUGGAAGAUUUGAUUGUCAAGCGUCAUUUAAUGGGAAACUUGCUGGGCAAUGUGGCUAAUCCCAUACCGUUACGGUACUCCAGUCAUGCGUUGGUGCAGGAAUUAGAGGUAAUAAAUGAAUUAAAAGAAUCGUCGUGGCAGCAAUUGAACAAACAUGUGUUAGUCCCAACGACAGAAGAAAUAGAACGAAAUCCAAGAAGCCGUUCGGCCAAGUUUAGGGCAGCUGUUAAAGAAUGAUUGAAUAUGAAAAUGGAAAUGAUUGUUUAGUGAUGGCUAGAGACUCAAUUGUAAAUUAUAAAAUAAACCAGAAAUUGCGUUGAACCAGU